AUGUCGUCCACCGCAGUUCCCAAGCGCGUUGCGCUGAACCGCAACCCCGCCACUGAGAACUCCGUUCCCAGCUCGGUCUCCGCGUCGCCUUUUGAUAGCCCGCGCCAGUCGCCCUCGUCGACCUCUCUGUCCUCCCUGGGUUCCGAUCAGGAGAAGGUCAAGAUGCUCGACACCUAUGGCAACGAGUUCAAGAUCCCCGACUUCACCAUCAAGCAGAUCCGCGAUGCCAUCCCCGCUCACUGCUUCCAUCGCUCCGCCAUCACCAGCUUGUACUAUGUCUUCCGUGACAUUGCCAUCCUCGCCGCCGUUUUCUACCUCUUCAACCACUAUGUCACCCCGGAGUAUGUUCCUUCCAUGCCGGCUCGCGUUGUCCUCUGGACUUUGUACACCGUCAUUCAGGGUAUGGUCGGUACCGGUGUCUGGGUUCUGGCCCACGAGUGCGGUCACCAGGCUUUCUCGCCCUCCAAGGUGCUGAACGACACUAUCUCCCACGGCAAGCACCACAAGGCCACCGGUAACAUUGCCCGCGACAUGGUCUUCGUUCCCAAGACCCGUCAGCAGUACGCUACUCGCGUUGGCAAGACCAUGCACGAACUUGCCGAACUUGUCGAGGAGACCCCCAUCGCCACUGCUACCCACAUGAUCCUCCAGCAGCUGUUCGGCUGGCCCCUGUACCUGGUCUCCAACGUCACCGGCCACAACAACCACGCUAAGCAGCCCGAGGGCCGUGGUGUCGGCAAGGCCAACGGCUGGUUCGGCGGUGUCAACCACUUCAACCCUGCCAGCCCUCUGUACGAGGCCAAGGACGCCAAGCUCAUUGCCCUGAGCGACCUCGGUCUCAUCAUCACUGGCUCCGUUCUGUACUAUAUCGGCACCACCUAUGGCUGGUUGAACCUUGCCGUCUGGUACGGUAUCCCCUACCUGUGGGUGAACCACUGGCUCGUUGCCAUCACCUUCCUGCAGCACACCGACCCCUCCCUUCCUCACUACCAGCCCGAGGUCUGGAACUUCGCCCGUGGUGCCGCCGCUACCAUCGACCGUGACUUCGGCUUCGUCGGCCGCCACAUCUUCCACGGUAUCAUCGAGACCCACGUGCUGCACCACUAUGUCAGCAACAUCCCCUUCUACAACGCCGACGAGGCCAGCGAGGCCAUCAAGGGUGUUAUGGGCAACCACUACCGCACCGAGGCCCAGACCGGAUGGACCGGCUUCAUCAAGGCUAUCUGGACCAGCGCCCGUGUCUGCCAGUGGGUUGAGCCCACCGAGGGUGCCACUGGUGAGAGCCAGGGUGUCCUGUUCUACCGCAACACCAACCGCAUCGGUGUUCCUCCUUCCAAGAUUGCGGUCAACUAG